AUGUCUGACAAACGAGGUAUCCCUGCCAUCACGGGGGAUAUAGACUACCACACAGCAUUCCACGUGUUUCCAGAAGCACUAAUGCCAUUUCGUGGUUCUAUACUAGCUUAUGGUUCUUCUUUUCUUCUGACAUUUCUAGGCUUUCCACUAGACACAGUCAAGACAAGAAUGCAAACCCAUAAACACUUCACUUCGUACUGGGAUUGUGUCAAGAAAACGUACACGAGGGAAGGAGUCAAAGGUUUCUUUCGUGGGAUAUGGGCCCCGCUAGUCCUGACCUCGUUCUCGAAAUCGUUCUCAGUCACACUCUUCACUCUUGUCAAACCUCAUGUCUACCAUUCAAUAUACUCAUUUAACGACUCUAACCCAGCACAUCCAUUUAUUCGAAAUAUCCCCGUUUGUUUCGUAUCAGGAACCAUUGCUGGUGGUGGUGUGUCUCUUUUUGCAUGUCCUUUUGAAUUCACUAAGAUCUACGCUCAACUAGAGAAGUUGGUUCACAACAAAUCCUUGAAAGAACUUCCAGGAAACUUACCAACACAGAACCAAGAGAUGCGUAACACCUCUACAGCCCAAAUAGUGCGACAGAUCAUCAAAUACGAAGGGGUAAGGGGACUAUACUCUGGAUUCAAGUACCAUUUCCUCAGAGAUUCGUUGUCUCUGGGAUUUUACUACUCUAUCUACGAGUCCAUGAAGUGGACCAUGAAUAAUCUCAUCAACAAAGACCCUUUGAAGUCGUCCCAGGUGUCUAUUCUCAUGGCAGGAGGGUUUUCAGGUGUGUUCAGUUGGGCGCUAAUCUUCCCGGUAGACACCACCAAGUCCUUGAUCCAGAAGGAUGUGGUGACAAACAUUUUACGUAAGGAACAGGGCUUGGAACCUCUUCCUCCAAAGCAUAGAAAGCUCCAGAAAAUAGAAAGGAGAUUAUACAGAGGUCUAGGUAUCUCAAUGUCUAGAUCUUUCCUUGUUAACAUGGUCUUUUUUAACGCCUACGAGCUUUGUAUGAGAUAUAUUGCUUAG